UUAAGAUUGAAUUAUUAUUUGUGACUCUUGAGUCUUGAGUCUUGACUUACUUCCUUUCGCCGAAAGCAAACAACAACCUCGUACCUUCCACGUACUUCUGAAUAGCACAAGACGAUAACUUCCUCUUCCAUAUCAUCAUCUUCCCUUUUUUUCAAGGUCUUUCUGCGACUCACAUAAAAAAAUACAAUACAACAACACACCUUCGAGAAAGUCGCUCCUCGAAAAUCACCUUACAUAGGUAUUCAAAUCUCACACACAUAAAUAUCCAAUCCGCAUCUGCACAAUCCGACACAAUGAGUGCUAUCAUUCGUACAUUGACCCGUGCUGGUCGCCAAAAUACCACGCGAGGCUUUGUCAAUACUUCAACUCGUGUGACAGUCUACCAACAACAGCGAUCCACAUCAUGGAUCGCCUGGGAGCAGCCCGACCCAGCGCUGUACGCGCGCCCUCUCAGCAACGGGCAGCAACAGACCGCCAACACCAACCAAGCGAACCGCAACGUUGGUGAAUCCGUGACCGCGCCCUCGACCGCCGCCGUCGGCUGCGGCAGCCAAGAGGUGUCCACAUCCGGCAAGACCGUCCCGCCCACCAUCCAAGCCGGCAGCAGCAACAUUUCCUUCACGCAGAAGCGCAUGCUGCAAACAGCCUCUCCGUCACACAACGUCGAAGUGCAAGUACAAGAAGCAAAAGAGGACAGCUACCUCCCCAAGACUCUGCUCUGCAUCCCGGGUGUCUCUUCGACGUGGCCGCACGAAACAGAACCCACGCCCACCCAGAAGCGUGUGCGCAAGCUCUCACUCACAGACGACGAGCCCCUUACCUUGAAAGAGAAGAACCAAGGAGAGAAGAGAGCACUGUCCACCAUCACCGUCACCGUCACCGCUCCCAUCGCGGAAAACAACAAGCCCACCAUCACUACCAUCACUGCCGACGCCAGCCAAGACCUCGAAUCCCACAACGCCUUCCUCGCCGCUCUCAGGGACUACGAGGCCGUGAGCAGCACAGCCGAGAAAGCCAUCCCCUUCCGCCGCAUCAGCCGCGAGGACCAGAAGCGAUACUCGUAUCCACUCCUCCCCGACGACAACAACGACGACGAUGACACUAACGGCAGUGGGGCCCAGGAUAACGGACACGUGGCGGUGAAGGUUGCGGGACAGAAGAAGGGGGCGGAGAAGAGCCGAACGGAAGAGAACAGGAUAGAGACUUAAGGUCGAUGGGAAGAUACCUAGGAGAUGGGAGAUGAGAGAUAGGUGCUACUCUCCAGGAGUUUGCCUGAUCGGUCCUUGCUUUC